AUGGCGGGGACAAGAAUUACAAACCUGCAGAAUGCUGUUAAACAUGUGCAGCUGGGUCAGCCUCCUCAGUCUGGCGCAGCAGAACAAGGACCCGUUCACAUGAGGAUCAAGCCCUCUCAGAGUUCUGGAGACCGCCUGAGUCAGUCAAAGUCAAUGGUGCUGCAGGACUCAGACCUUCCUCAGAAACCUCUUUCUCGCCAUCGCAGAAAUCAGUCUCAACACGGUGCGGUUGUUACAGGAGCCGCCGCCCUUCAACCAGCGGUGGACCUGAAAAGUGAACAUCUGAAUGUGGCUAAAAUCUCAGAAAACGGUAAAAAGCAGAGGAAAACGUGGGCUUCGAUGUGGACUGUACCGACAUCAGAUGAGCUGCUGCUUUAUAAAGACAAACAAGAGACUAAUGUGAAAGCAGGAGGGAAAACAGAUGUGGUCCAGCUGUGUGGAGCUGUUAUUGAGUGGACUACCGAAAAGUCAAGCAAGAAAAAUGUCUUCCAGAUCACAACAAGCACAGGAAGUGAGUACCUUAUCCAGUCUGACAGUUACUCCACAGCCAGCAAAUGGUAUGAUGCCAUCCGAAAAAAUGUUGACUCAUCUACCAAAGAAGACAGAAGUUUUGCUUUGCGGAGGUCUAACAGCACAGAGUACCUGCCCAGACACAGCUCCCUACCAGGAUAUGGAUCAGCCUCCCCCAACACGAAACAACGAAACCCGGUCCAUCGACGCUCCAUCAACAUGUUCAGCAGCUCAAAGCUGAAGUACAGCGCUUCAGACAGCGCAGACAAGAACGGAGUAAAGAACAGACUGAAGAAGUUCAUCACCAGACGGCCAUCGAUGAAGACGUUACAAGAGAAAGGACUCAUUAAAGAUCGAGUGUUUGGCUGCCACCUGCUGACCCUGUGUGAACGUGAAGGAACCUCAGUUCCAAAGUUUGUAAAGAUUUGUUUGGAUGCUGUGGAGAAACGAGGUUUGGAGGCAGACGGGAUCUACAGGGUCAGUGGAAAUCUGGCCACAAUCCAGAAACUUCGCUUCAUUGUUGAUCAAGAGGAAGAUCUGGACCUAGACAGCAGUCAGUGGGAGGACAUUCACGUCAUCACCGGAGCUCUAAAGUUGUUUUUCCGUGAGCUGCCAGAGCCACUUUUCCCCUUCCGGUUCUUCCAGCAGUUCGUAGAUGUUAUCAAAAUCAAAGAAUCCAAACAGAAGAUUCAAGCAUUGAAGAAACUGAUCCAACAACUGCCCAAACCCAACCAUGACACCAUGAAGCUGCUUUUCAGUCAUCUGCAAAGAGUUCUGGCUUGUUCCCAGAAGAACCUGAUGUCCUCUCAAGGUAUCAGUAUUGUGUUUGGCCCAACCCUGAUGUGGCCUGAACAAGAUGCAGGAAACAUGGCGGUCAACAUGGCGUACCAGAACCAGAUUAUGGAGUUCAUCCUCAUCGAGAGCCGAGAGCUUUUCAACUUGGACAGGAAGUAA